AUGCAAGUGAUGCGCGUCUCUGCUCUUGAAGAAAACCAAACCGGUGAAACAUUUUCUCAGCGUGCUGAUUGGUUUUACCAGAGACGUCCUCUCAUUCUCUCACUCUGUCAAGAUCUCUACGACGGUUACGCCACUCUCUUAGACCAUUUCAACCACUCAAAACCACAAAACCCUAAACCUCAACAAGACCAUGAUUCUGACAUCAGCUCCGAAGUCGAGAGCAUCUUGUCCUUUCAACAGAUCCAAGCCAUCACUACUUGUGAUAAGCAGCACAACAUCGACGAGUUAGUGUCACAGCUCGUGACAGCAAACCUGGAGAAAGACAUCUCACAAAACGAGUUACAACGCAGAGAGAAAAAGCUCCAAGAAGCUUCCAAGACAAUCGAGUUGCUAAAGAAGCUUGUGAUGCUGCUUGACAUGGAGAAAGAAGUAGCUGUAGAGGAAACAGCGAAUCUUGGUUACAAACUCACUCGUCUCUUGGAAGAGAACAGAGAGCUCGCCACUGAAGCGUUGUUCAUGAAAAAGGAAGCGGUUAAGCUCGCUAGGUGCGUGCUUAGGAUGAAGGACGAACAUUUUCACAAUGUGUGUCUUCUCCAGAACCAAAUCUAUGAGAUGCAGCAGCAGUCAUCGAGAGAGUUAUCUGUUUGUGACAACGUGUCCACUCCGAGCUGCUUUGGAUUGGAUCAUAGCAAGAACAGCAAGAAGAGGAAGAUGAGUGAAACAAGAAGUGAAGCUGGAGAGAAAAAGAAGAGGUCCAAGUGGUUCAAGAGACUUAAUCUGUUUACCAAAUGCAGCAUUAGCCCAACGCCUGCUUCACUCCAUGGUGCUCCAUUCUAG